AUGCGAGUCUUAAGUUAUAGUUUGGAAAUGGAUAAGUAUACCAUUUAUUUAAAGACAAUGCGCGAAUUGCUCACUUGUUUUGUUCUCCAAAUUGUCAGACAAGCUCCCUGGCCACUGCGUCGUCAAUGCACUCGCAAAUUUUCACUCCGUCACCAAGCUAUUCUAUUUAGACAGGUUGCUAUUUCCCAUUUGCUCUGGCUAAAUGGUCUCACUCCCCUGCACAUGGCCGCUCAAGGCAAUCACGAAGAAGUCGCCCGAAAUCUCAUUGCUCGGGGUGCUAGUCUUCAGUCUGCAACUGGGGACUUCCUCAAUCCUCUCCAUGUAGCCGCGCACUGCGGUAACGUCAAAGUUGCCAAGGUUCUUAUCGACAAAGGCUGCGAUAUGAACGCCCGAGCUUUGAAUGGAUUCACACCUCUCCAUAUUGCUUGCAAAAAGAACAAGAUCCCCGUUGUGGAACUACUUCUCAGUCGAGGAGCGCAGAUCUCCAGUACUACUGAGGUAUCGUUUGAUUCUCCUUACAUUCACCGUCUUCUUAAUUAUUAA